CCCUUUUGAAAUGUCCGAGUAGUAGUCUCAAUCGUUAGUUAUUCAGUAACCUCACUCACUCACUUUCUCCCUCACUAGGUUCUGUUUUCGUUGUGAAUUUCAGUGUAAUCUACGGAUCUUCGCUUGUGUGAAACGUUUACAGAAACAUUUCAUCGGGAAAGUGCGAUUUCAUGAGAAUUUCCGGAAAAAGAUUGAGGAUCGAUGUCACAUUUGCGCGGUGUCUUAAUCUGGUUUCUGCCCUGGCAAUCCGUAUGCUUGGAUAAAACGUUUUUCAUCUGAUGUCAUCGCAUUAUUGUCUAUUCUUGUGUGAGACCCUGAGUGUAAACAUCUUUUCUAGAGCACAGUGAAGCAAAAAAUUGGGUACAGCAGCCAUGAUAUCCUGUGCGCUCCUCAUAUCGUUAUUUCUGCAAGUUCUUUUAUCUUCACAAUACACAGGUAGGUAGAUUGCGGUAGACAAGACUUUAUUCAUGUAAUAUAGACGUUCGUUGAAUAUGUCACUUUCAUGCCACUUUGUAUUUGAAAAAUUAGAAUAGCCCAAAUUAGCCUCAUUGGACUCUGACAUGAUUAAACGUGACCAUUUCUCUAAUGAUUACUUCUCUAACUUUAGGCGCCAUUAACGUGGUGGAAACAAAAGGGGAAUAAUCCGGUUAUUUUGUGUGUGCACAUUUGUUGCCCAUCAUCACGGACUAUGAUUAAAUAUUUGACUUAAAAAAGGUAAAAAGAUCCUUUGAAUUAGUAAAAACUAUCGCAUGGCUUCGUUUCUAUUUGAGAAUCUGCCGCGUGAUACAUCUUCCUCUCAACGUAAAUUAGCACGAGGUAUUUUAAUUGACAAAGGUGUUCAUCCAACUGAACGCAAAUCGCUAAGCUACUUGAAGUAGAUUAGUCCUUUGAGACAGAAACUGUGGGCAAUCUUUGUUUCUCUCGUUAGGCGAAUCCACUCAGUAUUAAAUUAACGAAUGAACGAAUGUACUGGGCCUCAUUCUAUUCAGAGAUUUAUCCGAAAGACUCACUUCUUAUCAUUCCCUAAGGCAAUAUUUUAGAUAGACUAAUAAUUGAUUACGGCUAACUUAGUUAUUUCAUUUUUUUUUAUUAGCUUUUUCUUAGAAUGGUAGGAGAUUAUUGAAAUAUUAUUUUGUGAUAAUCAUUAUUGUUUUAAUUAGACAGUGUUUUUAGUGUCCCAUGGUUACGUACUCCCUGUUGUAUGAUAAACAAACGACUUUGUAGGAAACUGAAAUAGUAAUCAGUAUUUGUAAGCGCUAAACAGACGUGCAAUAAAAUAUCUUUCAAUUAAUAAUUUCCGACAGGAGGGUUAAGCUUCAAAGAUUACGUCCCCACCCAAAAGAACCCACAAAAUUCACUGCAACUUUUAUCAGUGUUAACGGUAAUUGUUUUAUUACUAUCACCUACAGUAUUGUUUUCUAUUUCGUUUUGUUUGUAUAGAGCUUUUUUCACUCCUCUGAUUUCUUCAAAUUUUUUUUUUUACAAUCUAUGUUUAAGGUACUAUGAACAAUUGGUCCACUUUGAUAAAGAAAUUCAUGCAAACGUAUAUCGUCAUAGUCUCUGGCAGUAUUCGAAACGUUUCCACUGUUCAUUUGAACGGCAUUUGAAACAUCACAUGUCGUUUUCAAUUGAAACCUGUAUUAGGCGGACACCCUGUAUUAAGCGGACACUACAGCUUUCCCCGAGGUGUUAAUGUGCACCGUGAAUUGUCUACUCCGGUAUGGAUAGAGAAUGUCCUGGGUGCAGGGUGAAAUCCGGGCUUUGUGUAUAAUAUGGAGUGUGAACGAAUACCCUGUUCCAGGCGUUCAGAUAGUAGAGCGCGGUCGUUUUUUUUUUCUGUCUUCGUGAAUUUUUCUCCCGCGCUCUGCUGUCUGAACGCCUGGAACAGGCCAAGCGGCUAGUGAACGAAUAUAUGUGUAGUAUGAAUUAUUAUGAUUAUUAUGGCCUCUAUUAUUGUUUUAAUUAUUACAAUUAGAACUAUUAUAAAAAUUGUUAAUGUCAUCAUCAUUAUCAUUAUUAUUAUUAUUUUUGCGUUUAAAAAAUUAGUCCUAGUUUACUGGAAAUUAAACGGAGUAAGGUAAUAAUGGCUGUGGGCACAAUUUGCAAGCAGUUGUUCUCUGAAACGUAGCACAUCUAGCUUUUAAAAAAAUCCUCUUAGAUUGGUUGAUGGACAGUUAGUGCUUUAAUUCGAAAUACGAGUAGCAUCAGUGGAAACGGUACAAUGGAUUAUAAAUCUGAUGUAGGGAAACCGAAUAUCGUAUUAACAUGUUGCUAUAAAGUGAUAAAACGUACACACGAGAAUUUGUUUAGUGGCAAAGAUUAAGCAGCGUUAGACUAGUGCUUUUAGCCUGAGUACUUCAUGCAAACUAGCUGGCGAUAAUGGAAAGCAUAUUGGGUGUGAAUCGCGGGGGGCGAGGAUAGGGAGCUGGACUCCCUCGUAAUAUAACCCCCUUCAAGACUCACUUCAGAGAGAAAAAAAAAAGUUACGAGCAUCAACACUUAUGGGCCCUUAGAGGGCUGUGAACAGUCCAGAGGGAUGUCAAAUGUUUAACCAACCUUGAUGGAUUAAGCCAAACAUAAAUCAGCGGAAAACUUGUGUGAUUCAAAACACGAACAAGACAGAUACAGCAUAAAAAAAAUUUGGAGGGGCUGUAUCUCAAAAUCAGAUUCUUUCACGUUUUUUGUUAAGAGAAUAAUUUUCAGCCAACUUACUUCCUUUUAGCAUUGAAUGAUCUGUUUCAUUAACUGUUUUUAAUCGACAUUUGACAGUGACAGCAACGAAUAACGGUGGUAACAGCAAAUAUUCUUUGUAUAGUCUGUACUGCCUCAACGACAUCAAAUUAAUCAUUAUUUUUUUUUACUAAACCACGCUAUAAGCACUUAGGCGUUUGGGGCUGCUGCUUACUAGGGUUUUGUUAAUUAGGUUGCCCCCUUAUACGCUCCAUUAUCAAAGCGUGCCGUAGAUGAAUUGUGGAUACAGUCUGUACCGAUAAUGAAAACUUGUGAUGAAAAGGGUCUGUGUAACUAGGUCAGUUGCAAUUUCAUUUGCCUUCUUCUCUCCCUGCAGCCUGUUUCAAAAGACAUUAAGAUCUUUUUAUACUGAUCUUUUUUUAUUCUUUAAUAACGUGGAGAAGAUAAAAAGACUGAACGUUGUGCGCGGAGAAGGCAAUAAAUUAGAUUUCUCUAUUAAAAUACAGAUUACACACCUUCGUAAUGAAAGUGGAAUUUUUCAUUUAACAUCUCUGUGAAACUGAGAUAUACUGUACUGGUGAAUAAAAUGACCCAUCACAUUGAUAUUUCCCUCUUUUGACAUUUUGGAAAAACGAAUAAACAAUUUAUUUUCUUUUCAGAUGCUAUGUUUGCAUGGACUGCCCCGUCUCCUGCAUGGAAUCAAACGGUGGCUGGAAGCAAUAACGUUCAAACUGUUGUUAUGCGAGUGUUGCAGGGGACUACAAAUUAUCGAGUAACGUGGAAAUACAACCUGUUGGGUGAUCAGACCAUACGGCUUAAACAGUUCAGCAUUCGUCAUGGUUCUGGCGUUCCUGAUGACAUUGGAGAUGUCAUAGGUUCAUCCUCUAUGUUAUACGACAGACACAAUUACAGAACUCGAUUCCGCUUAAAUAGCACAAGUAAAUUUUCUACGUUGACAAUAAAUAGGAUAACGCAAAAAGAGAAUGCUACCUUUCAGUGCAGGAUGCAAGAGGGAGGAAAUACAUGGGCUUACAACGUGAGGAUUGAAGUCAUAGGUAUGAUAUUUUAGUAUUGGUAUCUCAAUGAAAAAAAGGGUAGUAUUUAAAAUUUUGCAAUAUCCCCAUACCAAAUUACUUACAUCGUAAUAGCCGGAAAACACAUAGAAAAAAUCAGUCUUCGUCUUGAUUUUAUUCCUAUUUGCCCGCCCCAUGAUUGGUUGGAACUGUUCCAUCAAAUUUCCACAUGGUUUCCGUGAUGCUCGCACACGAGUACAUGCUUUAUAGUCUGUAUAAAGAUACAAAAAAGGCUUCGGCGCUUAUUUCAUUUUUUAUAUUUAUUCGUCUCUUUGUUAUAGUUAACUGCAUAUGAUAUUGUGUUGAUUGUGGUACGUGCUAUUAAUUAUAGUUCCGUGUUGUUCACCUGACAGUUACUCCGGUAAUCACCUACAUUAGUGCUGACAGAACAGUAAAUAAAGGGGAUACCGUGCUCCUUGACUGUAAAGCCACUGGGUACCCAGCACCAACGAUCAACUGGACAAGGGUGUCUGAUAACAGCGUUGUCAGAAUGCCUUUGAGUAUAAGUGGUAAAGAGUAUGAGGGAACUUAUAAAUGUACUGCUGACAAUGGAUUUGGCAAACCAGUCAGUAGGGAUGUCUCUCUUACUGUUCAGAGUGAGUAUGUAAUAAACGCAGUUAAAACCGCAUUGCCGUAGGGGCAUGAAUAUUUGUUUUAAGGUGGCUCCCUAGAGUAAAUUGGCCGUGCGCAGCCUGAGCACCAGUAUGGCGCGAGCUUUAAAAUCUGCACGACGUCCACGCAAAAAUAUAACAGACAUGGCCCCUCUGUUUCGAAAUAUUCCCCUCAAAAAACUUUAUUAACUUUCUGUUGAAGCUCGUUGUGCAAAAAGUCUGAUUAGUGUAGGUCAAACAUUUAUGAGAGGAGACCAUGUUAAAUUGCACCUGUUACAAGUCACUAUCGAUCUCCAUAAGAGUAAAUUGUAUGUAAAAACGAAGCAGAAAUUUUCCAAAGACAUCAAUUCUUUCGCUUCAAACUGAGUAGACAAACGUAAAAUAGUCGAAGUAAAUGGUGAAUGGAAACUUUACAAAGAAAACAAAGAAAUAAGGACACUAACCCUAAAGGAGGCAAUGUUAUUGUUUCUGGCCUUUGGUUCACGGUCAGUGGAAAGAUCUGAAAGAUCGAGCCAAGUCCCGAAACAACCACUGAAGAAUGUCUUCACCAGCGGCGCUCCUCGGUCACUUCAUUUCUCUCACAUUUGGUUUGAUUAAGAAAUUCUAGAAAUGGCUUUAAGGCAAGAAUACAGCAAGUGUAAUUUUUGUUUUGUUUUGCCGACUUGAUCAGUUGUUUAAAAAACGUAUCAGAAGAAAGGUUUCCUACUUAACUUGCAUCCUGAUCGAAGGAACCUUUCCAUCGAUGAACCAACAUCCUUGUCCUUUUUCCUUUUCAAAAGCUCUUUAACGCACAAGGUGCACUAGAAAACGUUGUUGCACAACGAAAAAUAAUUUUUGAGUCACAAAUUGACCCUUGUCGAAAGCAAUAGUAGGUUAUCCGUCGAGAACUACGGUCUUGUACGUGCGGCUGAGGACGUGAUGUACUUUUUUUUAGAUCUCGCCAUCUUUUACAGCAGGCUUUUAAAGAAAAACUUCGCCGUCAAAAUUAUCCCUAAAGAGGAACAAGGUUGAACAAGUAUCCGGAAGUGGGCUGGAAUUUGAAGAUCUGCAAGAAGUCGGUACAGCAGAUUAGGAAAUGAAGGGCUUAUCGCUAUCCUUCCAAAAGCACCGUCCUCAUCUCCGAUGAGCGCCAUCCGCACGAGUAGUGACCACCACGGCUCGAAUUUUGGCUACAAUGGUUAACUAUUUCGAAUAAACGGCUUCAAAACAGUGGCUUUCGUACUCUUCAAAGAAACCACAUGUUUUCAGUAGCUUUGUGCAUUAUGCGCAUGCGGGCGUGAUGGCUCGCGCGCGUAUUUCCCUCAUACCAACCCGAACCACGCGUGUUUUCCGGAUUUUUGUGACGUCAGCGCGGUUAAUUAACCGUGAAUUUCUCGCGUUUCCUUCGGUAAAUUUUUUUAAAAAUCGCCUCAUUUCUUAACAGUUGCAGUUCCUUUGUACUGUCCUUUUCUUGUUAAAAUCUGUAAGAGCUAAACUCCUCUAUUAAGAAAAGUUACAAAUUUCAAAAUAUUGGCGAAACCGUCUUAACGACACCAUGUUUUCUCCACUUUAAAAUGUUAAGCAAUAUCGUUAACAUAAAGUGGCAAACUUUAAAGACAUUUCACCGAGGGAAAUAAGAAAUAUUAAGAAAAAAUGAUCAAAAAUGACAAAAUUACUGCCUGUUUAAGGAUGCGAUGUUGCCAUGGCAACGGCCUUAAUCCAGAAAAUAAAACUUGUUAAAGGAGCCUUUUUACAUGGGUAAACUUAGCGGUGAAUUUCGUGAACCAAAUCGCAAAGACAAAGUAACUAGAUUUCCUGCUGUAUUGUAUGCUAGAUAGCUAGCGUUAUUAGGAAAUACUCUAGGGAGCCACUUUAAGGGAUAGGCGUACAAUGCAGCAUCCAUUCCAAUAUGAUACCAAGCCUUUGCAAACUUUGUGAAGCCUGCGAAGGAUUAGCGGAAGAGUGUUGUAGUGUAGUUUCUGGCGGCGGAGCCGGGCAAAAAAAAAAAUAAUAAUAAAAUAAACACCCCGCCAGCUAAUCAGGCUAAGCGUUGUGAUGAUAGACAGAUAACUAAGUUCUGAGUUUAAUUGUGUGCGGAUAUCAUCUUUUUAUUUGAUACUCAGUUUUAUAUGCACUUUGAUAUUAUAAAAACACCCUUUCGGUCAGAAAGAUUGUCUUUCUCACUUAUCACUGACCUGUCUUCCCCACAUGACAUUGAACCAGUCGUAUAAUAUUGAAUUUUUUACAUUUAGAUAUCCUUAAACAUGAUUUCUGGUGCAAUUGUAUACUCCUAGAAUUAAAGUUACGUUGUAUUUUUCCCAUUGUAUAUAUCACUUGUUUAUUCAGUAUGUUUUAAUUGCAAGAAAGUGAAAUAAACUAUUUUAUCAUUAUUUGUUAUUUUUUAUAGGUAAUAAGAGGUAGGGAAUUUAAAGAAUUGAGGAAGUUGUUAGUGGUAAAAAAGGGCGAUGGUGUAAGCACGGUGAUAGAAUAAGGAAAUGACUCUACUGCAAGGUUCGAUCCGGAUCAAAGUACUGGGAGUGUAGAUCUUUGGAUUGGAUUUUUUAAUUAAGGCAUAAAAUUUCCAAAGUAGCGCCGAAAAAGGUUCAUAAGCCCUCAAGAGACUGAAGAUUAGCACGUUGGAGACGAUCAAUCAGACUUUCGUAGAUAACUAUGACCCGGAUGUUUAUAUUUUUAUCCUUUUCAGCCCCUCCAGUAAUUACCUCACCAGCAAAGGAUACUUGGGAAAUAAUGGCCGGAGAAAGCGUUACUAUUGAAUGCUUAGCAGAGAGUGAUCCCAGUCCAAGUUAUGUUUGGAAGAAUACAGCUGGUGCCGUUGUCGCUGAUGGCCGACAACUUAGACUUCACAAAGUAAACGACAGUAGUGGAGGAAAUUAUAUUUGCACAGCAACAAAUAAACUUGGGUUUGACGAUCGUUCGAUUAUUGUACUAGUCAGAAGUAAGCUGUUCUUUUCUUUUUAUAUUUCUUCAACUUACUGACAGCGUGCAUGCCUUUCCAGGAAACCUCAAAAGAAAAAGGACAAAAACACAUCGGACGAAAACCAUGUGCUUUUGAUAUGUGCAGUGGUCCAACCGAUUUAACAAAAAAAAUUCAGCACACUCUAAUCAGAAGGGCGAGGUGAAGCCAACACUACAGACCUGGCUUCAAAUCAAAAUCAUGCCUGAAGAUCACAGUUCCGAUCCCAGCUAGAAUUUGUGCAAAAGUCAGGCAGUGAAAAUGCUUUAAGACGUUGCUUGGGGUUUUAAGGUCCUUUUUGCGAGAAGACUUGUAUAUCUAUAUCUGCAGACGUGAAACAAAGGCUCAGUAGCUGAAGACGCUGGGUGCUGGUUUGGUAGAGAUAAACGAGCUCCCCUCUAACAGUGUAAAUAAUUAAUGCAGUGAAAAUCAACUGGUUUGAGAGAAGGGUUUACGUUAAAACUAAAUGAAUGAUAGUUCAUGAUAUCAUUGAUUUUGAAUCAAGGUUAACAGUCAUUUCUUUCAACGUUUUAGGAACUAAAAUUUAUGGUACACUAGCAGUUGAUAGCGAAUUUAAGUCAGGCAUGGAGGACAUAAGCAGUGAUGUUGCAAAAGAGUUUGCAGAACCCUUCAAAAAAGAGGUAUCAUUCAUUCUAGCCUGCGUAGCAAGCGUUUCCUCGCGAGGUUCGUCUAGAAAGCUGGGACAAGAGCAAAAAAAAUGAAUGACGGGGGAGAGGGAGGGGAACGAUGGAACCGCUUGCCCGCAAACCCCACGAUUUUGAAAAACUGCGUUCGCCCACGAACGCAGCUUCUGAUUGGCGCGGUGCGGGUAGUGUUGAUUACUUAGCAUUUGAAACAUCAAUCAAACCAGGUAUGCUUUGUUUUCGUGCGUCACAAAUGUGGUCUCAUCCGAUUUGUGGUCGCAGAUUACAAAUGCUUUGUACUGAUAUUUAUUGGAAUCGUGUUUGUGCGAAGGUUUAUGAGAUCAGAGUCUUCGAAGUAUAAUUGGAGAUCGAGCAGUGGAGACUAGGGAAGGCCAAUUUCUUGAGAAUGACGGCGUGCGGAUCUGACUGGAAAAAAUGGACUGUUUGUUGGAGAUAACAUCAACAUAAAACAGAACAUCGGUACUCGACACUAGCUAAAGCCGCCAUGGACAAGCGAUUUGUCAGCUUUUUGAAAUGAAAAGAUUCUUUUUGUUUAUUGUAAAUUUAGCGGCAUCUAUUGUUGAGAACGUUUCGACACAGGCUGAAGAACAGCCGCUCUGCAAAACUUAUACCCGGCGGAGUGAAUUGUUCCGGACAAAUCAUUUUUGACGUGUCGACAAGGUUUCAGACGAGAUAAAGCCACACAAUAAAAAAACAAGAAAUUCCGCAGCAAUCGCUCAUAGUUUUAACUUUCUUUUAUCGUAAAUCUUUUUUAUUACAGUUCUUGCAAUCGCCUGCAACAUGUAAUUUUAAAAGUAAUUUUACAAAUCUGGUAAUCCAGGGGUAAUCUGUUCGUUAUGCUUCUAUUUUGACGAGCUGUCAAUUUACAAAUGAACCGAACCGUGAAAUUUCAAGGGGCGUUUUCCAAAAUCGUGGAGUUUGCGGGCAAGCGUUUCCUCUUCUCCCUCCCCGCCCCCCCACCUCCCCUUCAACCUUUUUUUUGCUUCCGCUCUAACUUUUGCGCAAUAACUCGAUUGGAAACGCUUGCUACGCAGGCUACAUUAAUUCAUUCAUUCAUUCAUCUUUUCUCUCUUUCUUUCUUUGUACUUUCUUUCUGUUGCUUCUCCUCCAUCGUUACAUUUUUAAAUCAACAAUUCAUUCCCAUAUCGUUUUAUAUUUACUUCCCUUAUAUAUAGGCGUUUGUGAAGUUAAACUGUAGAAAAUGAACGCUUUAAUUUCACUGCAUGGAAAGCGUAACUAUAACGUUAACCUCGAUGCAGCUAUUGGAAAAACAAAAUAAGCUUUCGUAAAGGAUUGGCAAGCCAAAUUAAUAUUACGCUAUGUUAAUGUAUUAAAGAAGAAGGAGAAUUCGAACACCAGAAUUAGAAUAAUUUUCCGAUCUCCAGGUGAGAAUCGAACUCACGACUAGCCUGAAAUUCAUCCGAUUGCUUCGAGUCGUUUUCUCCUCUCAACAACGUCUGAAUCGACCGGCCGUUAAUGCCGUCCAGUGACGUCACUCACUAUCCGAAAAGCGGGUAGUGAUUUUGAUUGGUUGAUUGUCUAAACAUUCGCAUAAUUAUGUAUAAUUAUCAAAAAUUUUAGCGGGAUUCUCGCUUGAUAUUCAGCAGAUGGCAUCCCUUGCAAUCUUUCGUUUAGUUCAAACAUUUCGAUAAGCUUAAUCUUUAUCUUAAACAGCAAAAUUGCCCUUGUCUUCGAAACUGAAAUGUUAAAUUGAACUGCGAAUGAAGAAUCAUUGCGGAGAGUCGGUAGGUUUUUAAUUUAGAGCCGCUUUGUGGUUUCGGCGGCCGGUGCUUUUGUUUACGCGAAGUUUUCUGAGAUCAUUGUUAUAAUUCGACCUUCUUGCUAUUUUUACCGUCAAGUGUAAUGAUUCUGUUAGCUUUUCUUUCUUGUCUCCUUGUUUUUUUUCUUUGUUAAGGACCAAGUAGCUUCUUUUCAAUUAAAACAAAUCAUUGUGUUUUUGAACUAUAAAGUGUGCCGUGUGUGUGUUUAUUUCAUUGCGUGAUUGCGACCGAGUUUGAUUAUAGAAUUUAGUACAACCGGUUCAGAGUUGUGCUGCAUGCAGUUGAUAGUUUGAACGUUAAACAUGAAUUACGAUCGAAAAAAUUAAGCAGUUCUGUAUCAUGCAGACAUUUUCAAACGAUAUUUCUCGGUUUGCCACUUGAAAAUCGUGUUUUACUUCUUGCAUGAAUUAAAGCAAAGGUCAAGGAGUAGUGACGUCACUGGACGGCAUUAACGGCCGGUCGAUUCAGACGUUACUGAGGGAGCAAUAACGACUCGAAGUAAUCGGAUGAAACUCACGAGCCUUCGAAGGCUAGUUUGGACGCUUUUAUCUAAAAUUUCUUAACAUUCUAUUCUUUUCAGUUUGACAAACUGAACAGCAAUACAGCUGGCUUUGAUAAAUCAGAAUUUCUAAGAUACAGGUUAGUAAAUAUGCGAAUUGUUUAGUUAUUUAGGAUUUCAGCUGUUAUCAAUAGCCCUUGAGUACAGGCUUCUUCCACGCCAUAUCGAGGCACUGUGAUUACUUUAGAUUAUUGUAUAUUAUUCUAGAGUAGGCACAUAAUUGCGUUUUAUUUUGGUUUUCUCUUUGGACAAUUACGCAACAUUUUACAGCGGUUACCACUAACACCCCGGGGGGUACUCCCAUAUAAGGGCUAUAAAGGUACGUGCCGCGGAAUAGGGUAUGGUUUUUGAGGUUCUCGGUCCUCAAAUAGGGUAUCUUUUAUGACCCUUUUGUUUCUGUGUCGCUGGAGUGGUCCUUAGAUAGGGUAGCUUAAUUGUAUUAUCUAAUACUGGAGUGUGAAAACGCCUGCCUAAACGAACGGUUUUUUUUUUAAACUUGAUGUAUUAAGUAUUCUAGUAUUUUAUCCUUGAUGCUAUACAUCCAAUGUUACAGUGAAGAAAUAAGAUUUUCCUUUUCAUGCUGUUAAUAAUUUUGUUUUUCCUUGAACAGGGUGUCAUUUGUCGGCUUUGGGCCUUAAAAAGGGUAUCAGUUUUCGCUUUCUUAGUCCUUAGAUAGGCUCAGGGUUCACGAACCUUCGCUGCACACCCCUAUCGAAAAUUCGCGGGAGUACCCACCCCGGGACUAACACGCACCCUCGAAUGGUUUUUUCUUUGUGGUUGAAACCUGAGUUUUCGUGGACGUCAAUCAACUGUUUCCCUGGUUUUCUCACGUGCUCUGACAGAGAAGGUUCCCUCGUCGCUGAACGAAGGGCGAAGACCUACCAAAAUAAUUUCUAAUAACGACGGCGUUUUUAAUUUUAUUUAUUUGAUUAAGAUGAAGGAUUACAUUAUUAAAACAACGAGGUCUCUGCGAGCUGAGUGAAAUAGCCGAAAUACUCUCUAUAGUUAACGGUUUUCAGGUUCUUUAUUCACAAGCUGUAUUUCUUUGAUUGUAUGAAAACACGGAAGCCGUGGACGAAUUACCAAGGACCCGCAUAAUUUCAAACAAACGGAAGAUAUCACACCGACAAUGGAUAAAGGUUUCCUAUGAACGGAGGCUGUUUUCGAAAAUGAAUUUUGUACCCCGCAGAUCUAGUCAUCAUUCUUCACGUUAUUGAAUACUCAAUAGAAUCCUGAACUGGCAAGAACUCAGACGAGUUGCCAGCGUGUAUUGAGAAAGCUUAUGUGGUUGUAACUUUCAGUGUUCAAAUAAGUCGAUAAUUUGAGUCCCCUCCGACAAACACUCCACAAAUUCGUACCCCUUGUAAUCUUGACAUGAAGCAAAAACGGCUUAAACGCCCACAUUUUCUCCGAGUGCUCGAGAAUCGGGGAAAGAAUCUUCUAUUGGCCAACGUGUAAACACGGGUUAAGGUUGAUUGAAGUCCACCAAAUCGCAGAUUUGAACCAAAGAAAAAACUGUAAAAGGGGAACGCUUUUGCAAUCCAAGAAUAGACUUGUAUACCCAAUCCAACAUUUGACAUUUAUAUCUUGUUUAUACGUAAAAAUUACGUAAAUCAAUCUUAAUUUAUCAUUAGGCUAAACUGCACAGAAAUCAGUUUUCCAGACGUUAAUUUUUUUUUGGUUACCCCCCAUAGGAACGGCAGUAUAAUCGUGUACUUUGUGCUGUACUUUAAUCUCCCAGUCAGUACAAAAGAAGGAACUUUACAAAUAAAGGAUGCAGUGGAGAGAGGAGCAAUUGGUAGUUACCAAGUAAAAAAUUUCAAAACUAUUGAGGAAUUUGAAGUGGAUCCCACCACUUCUCCUUCAGUAAGAAGCAUAGCUACCCACUCAUCUACUGCAUCCAUUUCUCCGGGGAAGAGGGUUAAUAAGGACACAUCAGGUAAGAUAAGCAAAUUUGUAUGGCUUUGUAUUUCGUAUCAGUUAACUCAUACUUCUUUUAAAGUAUGAAAUUAGUAUGUGUAACCGAUGGUGAUGAGUGAAAUUGUGGAAUAACUUCACUCGCGAUUUGUCCUGAUUCUAAUAAUUAUAUACUAAUUGAGCUUACCAUUUGAAUACCUAAUAUCAUAGGCGACAAAUUUACGCACUCGCAAUCAUGGUAUUUUUACUUGUUCAUCUUUGAGAACUCCACGCACUGAAAAGUUUAGAGCAUCAGCUUUGGCUUAAGUUGACAAGUCUGGGAAUUUUUCGACAAAAUCCCCUGUUUGAAUCCAACUUGGUGUGCUCUUUCGUGUGUUUCGGUUUUCUAAAAAGUCUUUUAAUGCCCUGACAUCAUCAUUCAUAACAUUUUAAAACUUUGAAACCAAUUUGGCUCUGAGACGUACGGAGCGUUUCCAUGGCAAUUUUGUCUAUUGACGCCAAAAUUAGGGAGUAAUUUGUCACCCAAGAUAUUAAAGCAAUAAGUUUUAACUAGCGAGAUUGCAACACACACUGAGUCACAACCACUGAAUCUUUGAUUGUCAGGUUAAGUGAAGACAAAAAUGCCCCAAUCCUCCCUUUAAUUUUAUAGGCACGCCUCUAGCAGAAAACUUUUAUUACACGAUCUCACCGCCCUACGCGACAUACGUUUUUGAUCAAGGCAAAUAAUUAAGAGCCAAGGCAAGAGUAGCUGAUUGGGCACUUGAGGGCAAAAUCAAAGCCUGCAUUAAAGUAAGCGUUUUCUGUUGUAUGAGCGAAGAAUGAUCCAACGAUGGCUCUUCCACCGUUUUAUAUGAUGGAACUGCACAGGGUUGCGGCGAGCAAAAAAAACAAUGAUUCCAAGAAAGAGGAAGACCUCACUUUCUUUUAAAAUGGCGGCCUGACGUGAUCGACUUUUCAAGGAGUGUUGGUAAUAAAAACGCGAAAUUGGUACAAAGUUUCCAAGAGGAACCGUACAGCCCAAAAGAAACCCCAAUCCUCAUUUUUUCUAGAAUUAACCAUGGAAUUAGCCGCUUCAGAUUACCCAGCUACUAUCAGAGGUAAUCCAGGUGCUUCUGUGAGUAGUUUUGCAACAAUAAAUCAACAGGGACAGUCCCGUUCCUAUUACAAUGUAGGAAAUAUUUAACAGCAAAUUUCCCGCUUUUCUCAGUUUGGUACCCAUGUUUUCGAGAUAUACUAUAUAGGGAAGUUAAUCAUGUUUCUGUAACAUGAGUAACCGAGGUCGAGGACGAGUAUGGCUACUCCCCUCGCCCCACCCCCCACCGCCCACCCCCCCGCCUACCACCCACCAGAUGAGAACAGCACUAGAUCAGUAAAAGUUUACAUUGUCUUUGAAGAACGCGGUAAAGAAGCGUCCUAUCGUCAGGAUAUUAUGCAAAUCAAUUAGGAGAUGCGGUCAAUCAAAGAGAGUUUUGAAUCAAUCUAAAUUACUAACAGACAAUUUAUUAUUGUUAUUAUUAUUAAAUUUAUAAACAACAAUUUCACUUUAUUUUGUAGAUGGACCUCCUUGGAUAAUAAUUGGCGCUGCUGCUGGCGGAGCAGUGUUGGUGAUUGCCAUUAUUCUUCUUCUUAUAUGUUGCCUGCGGAAGGACAACAAAAGUGAGUAGUUUAAAAUAUGUUAGCCAUGUUUACUUGAAGCUUGCAUAGAGGAGCUUAGUUGACUAAAAGAUAAAGUAGCCUUGCUUAGGCUUCGAACAUACCAUAAGAGAUUGCAAAAUACCCCCAACAAAUUUCAAAAGCCCUUUGGUUGUCAUUUCAUCUGUCAAAUAACGAAAGGUCAUUAUUCUUGUUCAAAUAGCUGCUAACGUUUUUUCUUUUUCUUUUUAUCCUCAUCGUUUCAUCGACUUGCGUACGUAACGUUGUACUCUAUGAUUUAGAAGGUGGAAGCGAAGCAUUGUGAGUACGAUUUUGCUUGUUUGCUUUUUGCUUGUAUGUUUUGUCACAAUUCUCCAAGAUAUUCCUUUUGUUUAUUACGUAUGUUAACUAUCAAGGCGCUAUUAAGAAGUUAAGGAGAAAAAUAAUUAGAUAAGGCUGAUUUUGAUCUGAAGGAUUAUGAAGAUCGAGGAGGGUUUUAUGCGCCGAAGUGAAAGGUUCAGAUGGAUAAAAGCCUCCUCGAUCUUCAGCGAAAGCCGAUUAGAAUUCAUGAAUUCAAAACAAUAGUCCAGACAAUGGCAACAUGACGUCAUGUUGUUCUAGAAUCCUCCAGAUUGUUGUUUUCUGGUGCAAAGUAGAGCUAUUGUUCAUAAAUGACUUCUGGUAGUUUUAGUCAAAUUUCGCCACCUUGAAAAUGGCCCAUGCAUUCUUAGUUUAAAGCUUACCUCGAUCGAUGUAAAGUUCCUGUCUUCAUUUCCCUGUUUCGUCUCACGUUCAGGAUAUAAAAGGAUAUCAAGGCAUGAUAAUUCUUGCAGAUAUUCUUCAAAUAUCAUGCACAUGUCAUCCGGGCGAGUUGUAUUCUUCUUCGCGAAACCCGUAAAAUGUUCCUCCAUUUGGUACUGCGUUACCUCGGCGACUCGUUUAUAGUCUAUUUUUCUGGCAUUAAAGCCGUACUCUUGAGGUCAUUUUCCAAAUAUCGUAAAUGUCUUCCAAAGCUGGUUAUGAAGAAUUUACUCUGUCAUUUGAGCCAAUCAGAAACGUAAGAAUAUUUUGCUAUUACUGCGAUGGGUCUGAUUGCUUUUCUCAAUGUCAUUGUAGGGACCCCAAAACAGAAACCUAGAACGAUGAAAUUCUCGGCGUAAUUAAUAUUAGUGAUGUUUUAACGCUUGUUUAUAAACUAGGUAAAACUCACAUGUGUACACUAUAUUUUUUUGAAUUUCUGUUUUCCUUGUUUCUGGGUGUAGCGGACUAUUGCACUAUUUACCCGCAUAAUUUAUACUUUAAAAUUCCGUUUGCGAACUAUUUUUCUUUCUUUUUUUUUUUUUCUUUCAAUUUAUCUAUUCAUUCUUACUAAUUCUUUAACAGGGCCAGAGAAAAUGAAAUAGAGCACAGCGCGGUAGAAGAACACACCCAUGAACAAAAACCUGUGAAGGUUUGUUGAAUUGUCAAUAUUAGCUGAAGAAAAUAAGGGGAAAUGCCUGCUUAGCAUGUGAGUGUUUUGCAUUUCACACGCUAUUUCUUUGAGUUUGUAAUCGCCUGGGAAAAGCAAAUCGUCGUUGUUGUUUGGUUUUUGCUGUCGUUUUUCGGGCGCUUGCCGAUUGGUGAGGUAAUGGGUCUCAUAUAUUUUAAGCUUUACCAGUUAGAGCUACACCAUUAGAGUCAACUCAUUCCCUUCAUUUAAAUCAAAAACAGAAACCUGGAGAAACCCUUUACGCUGAACUGCGUGAUUUGGAUCAACGUCAGAGGCCGAAUAAACCUUCCUAUCCAGACGCAUUACCUCCUGUGAAGAGACCAUCACCUUAUGAAAGGACAGAUUACGCUGAAAUCACUCACUUCAUUAAAGGAGACGUCAAUGGCCAGCAGCAGAUGUGGUCGCCGAAUGGAAAGAAAGAGCCAUGGAUCGGCAUGCAAAUGUUUUGCUGA